AUGAGCGUUUCUCUAGCAACUAAAUUCCGUAGAAGCCUGAAUUAUAGACUUGGAAGAUUCUAUAAUUCGUUUUACUACGCCCAGAGUAACAACAAGUAUGUUAUGUUGAUUGCCUUCCCAGCUUUUAUUUGGUACGUGAGGUACAGAGCAGAUACAAAGCUAGGAUACAGAUUAUAUAUAUCGCCAACAGCCGGUGGGCCAUUGGAUUAUUUAGAACUUUCGGAAAUCCCACCAAACCAAAAGAGCAAAAACAAUGAUAGUUUCAUAUCUUCAUCAGUUGAAUUCCUUGCCGAUAAAUACAAAUGGUUUACAAACAAGGUAUUUAAGCCUGGACCUAUGGUCAAAUACUGGGAAAAUGGCAGAAAAAUAUAUUUGUCAGACGACCUGACUGUGCGAGGACUAAAGAAGCUUUUAUACGGGGACGAGGAGUCUUCUAAGGACGUUUUGGUCGGGUGUAAAGGAAGAGUGAUGAAUGAUAACGAUAACCUGGCGUUGGCCACGAGAGCCUUUUGCAAAAGGGACCCCCGUCUGGUUUUGUGGAGGGAGGGCGAAGUCGUUCACUAA